ACGGGGGGAGGUGCCCAUUACCGGGGUAGGGGGCACCCAGGAGGAAUUGUGGGUACCUAGCAACGGAGGGAAAGGCGGUGCCUAGCGACGAGAGGGGGCUCAAGUGGAGCGGUAGUCCUGCAGGAUCUGCAAUGUGGCUGGAAGUGGCGGGCCUACUGCGGGGGACUUGUGGACAGCUGGGCCACACUGUUGGUCUGCCUCAUGGGGCCCAGGGACCUGGGCUCCGUUGGUGGGGGCCAUGUGUGGGUACUUGGGCCCAAAAGUUUCAUCAGGAUAGGCCUGGCAGAGGCCUGGGUGAGGAGGAUAUUCGCAAGGCUCGCGAGGCCCGGCUCAGGAAGACACCCCGGCCCCAGCUGAGUGACCGCUCUCGAGAACGCAAGGUCCCUGCCUCCCGCAUCAGCCGCUUGGCCAACUUUGGUGGACUGGCUGUGGGUUUGGGGCUGGGAGCACUGGCAGAGGUGGCCAAGAAGUCCCUGCUCGGAGAAUAUCUGCAGUCAGAAGACGGCUCCCGGCCGGGCUCCAGCCGUUUCCUGUCAGAGGCCAAUGCCGAGCGGAUUGUGCAGACCUUGUGUACAGUUCGGGGGGCCGCCCUCAAGGUUGGCCAGAUGCUCAGCAUCCAGGACAACAGCUUCAUCAGCCCCCAGCUGCAGCGUAUCUUUGAGCGAGUCCGCCAGAGUGCCGACUUCAUGCCCCGCUGGCAGAUGCUGAGAGUUCUGGAAGAGGAGCUCGGCAGGGACUGGCAGGCCAAGGUGGCCUCUUUGGAGGAGGUGCCCUUUGCCGCUGCCUCAAUCGGGCAGGUGCACCAGGGCAUGCUGAGAGAUGGGACGGAGGUGGCCGUGAAGAUCCAGUAUCCAGGCGUUGCCCAGAGCAUCCAGAGCGAUGUCCAGAACCUGCUGGCGCUGCUCAAGAUGAGCGUGGCCCUGCCUGAGGGCCUGUUUGCUGAGCAGAGUCUGCAGGCCCUGCAACAGGAGCUGGCUUGGGAGUGUGACUACCGUCGUGAGGCGGCUUGUGCCCAGAACUUCAGGCAGCUGUUGGAAGAUGACCCCUUCUUCCGGGUGCCGGCAGUGAUUAAGGACCUCUGCACCACGCGAGUGCUGGGCAUGGAGCUGGCUGGAGGGGUCCCCCUGGACCAGUGCCAGGGCCUGAGCCAGGACAUUCGGAACCAGAUCUGCUUCCAGCUCCUGAGGCUGUGUCUACGGGAGCUGUUUGAGUUUAGAUUCAUGCAGACGGACCCCAACUGGGCAAACUUCCUGUAUGAUGCAGCCAGCCACCAGGUGACCCUGCUGGACUUCGGUGCAAGCCGGGAAUUUGGGACCGAAUUCACAGACCAUUACAUCGAGGUGGUAAUGGCUGCAGCCAAUGGAGACAGAGACCGGGUCCUGCAGAAAUCCCGGGACCUCAAAUUCCUCACAGGCUUUGAAACCAAGGCAUUCUCGGAUGCCCACGUCGAGGCUGUGAUGAUCCUGGGGGAGCCCUUCGCCACCAAGGGACCCUACGACUUCGGGGCGGGUGACACUGCCCGCCGAGUGCAAGGCCUCAUCCCUGUGCUGCUGCAGCAUCGACUCCGCCCACCGCCAGAGGAGACCUAUGCCCUGCACCGCAAGCUGGCAGGGGCUUUCCUGGCCUGCGCCCGUCUCCGCGCCCACAUCGAAUGCCAGGACCUCUUCCAGGACACCUACCAUCGGUACUGGGCCAGUCGCCAGGCUCAGCCACAGCCCGAAGCCUCCUGACCAGAGGGCAUGUUGGUCCGACCCCUCAGAUGGCUUCCCUCUGGGAAAUCUGGCCCAUAGAGGGCCAUCACCUGCUGUGAUACCUCCUUCCCACUCUGCUCCAGUCUGGGAACCCCUGCCCUGGGCUUCCCAGUCUUGCCUAGCAUCCUUCCCUGGGGGCUGGGGUACCCUGGGGCUAGGGAACUCCCCCUUUCAUGCCCCCAUAUCCUGCUCAUAUCCAAAAUGGGCAUGCGGGAACUCUGUAUCAGGGAUUAACUUAUUUCUGCCAACAUUUGAGAGAGCCUCAGGCCCUCAGCACGCCGUGGUGGAGACGCAGACUCAUCUAGAGUCUCUCGCUUGUGCCUCGGGGCUCCCACAGAUCUGGCCAGAGAGAUGGGUGGGGUGGUGGAGGCAGCCUCACCUUUGCCUCCCUCACUCUUCCACCAGCUGCCUUCUCCCUGUCCAUCCUCUCUGUUGGGGAGGGGUGUUUGGUGGGGGGGUAUUUGAACCUUCAGUCUGAGUAAAAGCAGCC